AUGCCCGCAACAGCAAACGACGACAACGACAACAGCGACCGCCCCGUGAAGCGACGACGACUCGACACCCCAAUCACGCCGCCCUCGUCUUGCCCUAACGACGCCAGCAACAUGGCCUCGCCAUCGAAGCGGCCGCUCGACGACGCAACGCCUCGCGCCAAGCGCGUCCAGACGGCUGCCUUCAUGCCCGAGCACAGCUACCCCUCGCUCUCGAGCGCCUCGGACCAGUCCCCGUCGUCAUCGCGUCGAAACCCGUCGCCCCAGAAACACCUGCGCACGCUGGCACUCCAUCCACGCGGUCUUGACGUGCGUGACAUGUACGACGUCAAGGACACCAUGGCCCGGCCGCCGAUGCUACGGAAGCUGCUCGUCGACAUUGAGGCCUUUUCCGACGGCCAGGGCAUCGUGGCCAAGGACGCGCAGGACGCGCUUAGAAAAGCGGCCGACGCGGAUGAUCGGUUUGCUUGGGCCUUGCGAGCCGGCGCUCCGCAUGUCUCGGACGACGAGGAGCUGCUUGGCAGAUGUCCGCCGCCGAGUACGGUGCGCAAGGUCAUGAAGGCAGCCUUUCAAUGCAAUGCGAGGCGGCACCCAGAAGCCACCUGGAAUCUCGAAGUGCAUCAACGCAUCCUCGACAUGGCGUUGCGCCCAACGGAAGAGACAGACUUUGAGAAUCUCGUCGACUUUAUGGGCUGCACCACGGCUUCCAUCAUGCGCGAGUACGGCACCCCGACGCUGGCAAAAAAGGUAGAUUUUUGCGUAUACAUUGACCCCGAAAAUGACCCCUCCCUAUCCCCAGAGUUCCUCACGGCUGCUUCUUUUGUCCGAAGCAAUAUGCCCGAGGAAGUUCUCGGCUUCGCCGACUUUGCCCCGCUGGAUGGCCGCUUCAUCGCGCUGAGCAUCGAGACUAAGAAGCCAAGCGAGAACUUUGAGGCGGCGGAGCUGCAGCUGGGCGUCUGGGACAUGGCGCGGUGGGCUUUUCUGCGGCGGCUGGCGGAGCUACGGUCCGGGCCGCCGGAUCAAGCCGGCGGCGCAGAUGUCAACAUAGGCAGGCAAGACGUGAAGCUACCGGAAUUCUUGCCGGGCAUCAUCGUGCAGGGUCAUGAUUGGUACCUUGUCAUGACGACCAUGGAGGGGGGCAAGACGGUGCUCUGGCAAAAGGUUAGCAUUGGCAUGACGUCGACGCCCAGGGGCGUGUACCAAAUUGUCCGCGCGUUGCAGUACCUGGAGAAAUGGGCGAGAGAUGUGCACUGGCCAUGGUUGCGCGACAUGAUUCAAGGCAUAGCAGUUGUCUAUGCAUGA